UUGGAAUAUACCAUUAUUCAUGUCAUCUUGCAACGAGUAAAAGUAAAUCAUUUGCUCCUAGAGAAUCGAGCACUAAUCGCAUACUUCUAUAACGAAACUAAUUAACAGUUUGAGAUAUAUUAAGAUACUGAGUACAUUAAAACUAUUUGAUCAAAUGCAAUCGAUUACUAAUUGAUAUGAUCAUUUGCCAUGACUAACACAAUUUCCCAGUAGUUGAACAAUGCAACAUAUUCGCCGGAAGCUGGCGAAAAACUCUUCGCGUGAGAGAAUAGACUGCGUAUAAAUAAGCCGAGAAAUAUGAAAACGCGAACACUGGCCAGAAAACGAGUGCACUCGAUCAGAGGGCGGGCGAUCUAACAGUGGGGAUAUGGAAGAGAGGAGGCGCGGUGGGAGGAUGAUGUCGACGGUGGGGAGCUUUGGAAUUGCAAGGCUUAGGCCGUCCCGGGCCGCUUACGCGGAACACGCGGCUGAAGCCGCGCCGCCGGCAUUACGUCGCGCACCGUCGACCGCGACUGACGUUCCUGUAAUUGUGUUUCAUUCCCAACCUCUAUUUCGAUGUACUGUGUUUUCUCGAAUCUACAAACGAGCCUCGUCAACAAUCGUGUCUGUACAUAGUAUCGAAUCUUUGUCGCGAAACAAAAGUGAAAGCUUCUCAUUUAAGCUGUCAUUAGACCAACUGGUGUCAGAGGUUCGGAAACCUCGGCGUACCUCGCGUCCAGCAACCUGUAGGAGCCUCCAAUCCGGGUAAAAACGUGUUACGUCAUCAAUAAGUGAUCGUAUAGUUUAAUAAUAAAUCCUUGAUAGAUCGUGCAUCGAUCUCUGUAGUGACACCUCGCGGACUAAAAGUGCAAUAGCGGGGAGAAACAGUUUCUGAUUGGAGGUGUUACGUUGUUAUUCGAUAAAUAUUGUCAUGGCGUUGGCGGGAAACGAGUAAGUUUAAGAGCUGUCGUUAUGGAACUCGGAGAAAUUUCGAGAACGCCGACAAUACUUCGUACGUAUUAUAAGAUACGAUGAAUGUGUCGGUAAGUAUCCUGGAUAUCCAUCGUGUGGACCAGAAGUGGAGAAGCAGCUGCUGGAGGAGGAGUUACUGGUAGCAGCCAGGAAGUAGAUAGCAGGCUCCGGUGGAGUGCAUAGAUCGAGGAGGCAAGUGAAGUCACGACGUCUUGCCCGGAGGGUGCGUGCUUGGGCGACGAGGGGCGGCUACUGGCCGAUGGGAUGCAUCUACCGGUGGGUUCCGUGGGCUGCGGGGAGAAUUACGCCACCGUUGGAUCCCACGAAGGCGCCGGCCCGUGCGGCCCCUCACUGGCGCCUCUCCAGGGGGUGAACACCAGGUACCAGCAGGCCGACGACGCCGACGCCGGGGGAGGAGGUGGCGAGAUGAGCGAGGGUGCCGCCGUCGGCGAGCUGUGGUGGACCGAGAGACUCGUCGGCGAGGCACAGGCUGAACACCCUGGCGAAUUAGUUCGAACAGGUUCUCCGUAUUUUCUAUGCAGUCAACUGCCAACUCACUGGCGGUCCAACAAGACGCUUCCGGUGGCGUUCAAAGUUGUCGCCCUGGGCGAAGUCGUCGAUGGAACUCUAGUGACAGUGCGAGCGGGUAACGAUGAGAACUGUUGCGCCGAACUAAGGAAUUCCACUACCUUGAUGAAGAACCAAGUCGCCAAGUUCAAUGACUUGAGGUUCGUUGGGAGAAGCGGCAGGGGAAAAAGUUUCAGCAUCACGAUUACUGUAUCAACGACACCACCCCAAGUGGCUACGUAUACGAGAGCCAUCAAGGUGACCGUCGAUGGACCCAGAGAACCGCGCUCCAAAACGAGGCAGACACACAUUCCUGGAUUGGCGCGAGUUCCCGCAUUAUCCCGAGUUCCUGGACUGGCACGAGGGACCUUCCCCGACGCACCAAGCCCGUUCACUCCCUACCUACGGGAACCAGAGCCGUACAGGAGGAAUAAGCAUCACGUCGGCAACAACGUCACCGCGAAUUCGGUUAGUGGUGCCUGUACCAACCCCAACAACACCGAUCCGACCGCAUCGCCUGCUUCCAGUACACACCUCGGGGCUAAUAGUGGCUCCUCGGCUCAUCAAGAUUGCUACAAGCACAGUCCUCAGCAUGGUGAUACGAGUACGGCUGCUGCAGAGUGGACUUACCCAUCUGCAGCAUCUUCUUAUCCAGCUCCACCAGUAAGCAGUGGUGGCUCGUUUUCGCCGAUUCCUGGAGGAGCGUUUUCGUAUCCAGGGGAAGCCCUUUCUCAUCAUCCCACGACGGAACCGGUACCAUUACCCACUGUUCUUCCGUCAGACAGUCAACAGGACACGUACACGCCGAAUUGCGUCUCCAUGUAUCCAAGUCACGGAACCUCGUCGACCUCGUUGCCAUUGGUACCCAGCAAGACCAGCGAUCCAGACAUCUUCGCGGGCGGUGGGACAGGCAGCGGAAGUCCAGGUUACCACUACGGUUCCUGGACCUCUGGACCAGCUACGCCGGUCCCGGUCGCCUCACACAAUUACAAUCCAAACUACCAAGGCUACUAUAAUAAUCCAAGCCAAAAUUACAUCAGUCCAGCGCCAAUGGUCCUUUAUCCACAGUUGUACAGCACGGUGAACCAGAACCAGAUUCAUCUGCAUCUGCAUGGUGAUUUGAGCGAGGAACAGGUCACAAUCGCUGGCAGUAAUCUGACGAUCAGCAGCAACAGGCUGGAGAUCGGAGUUAUGGGCGAAGAGAACGAGCAAAGGAACGAUGUAUGGAGACCUUACUGAAGGGAUUUGUAAACGAGUCUGUGACUUUAAAUGUUAUAAAUGUGAUAUCGAUGAAACGAUAAUGUUUGCAAUAGAGAGUUGAGAGAAGGGUCGAGCGAAGGUGUUAGGAACUUGGUGAUGUAGUGGUAGUGCUCGAGGAAAUGGUCGAUUUUUCGCGGUCAUACCAAGUGUGAUUGGUAUCGACGGUGACUGAGAACUGGAACACGAAUGUGUAGAUACGCUGUCGUCGUGAGAAAGUCUCGAGGUGUUAGGAAAGGAUCUCGACUCUAAGAGCGUCUCUAACUCGAUCGUUUAGAAAAAGCAUCGCUGGAGGAGCGCGUAGAGGGAUCAGGGCUCGAUACGCGGCUGUAAAUUGAGCCAGCGCGUACGUGUAUCCGCAAAGUGGGAAGAUAGUCAUGUAACAUUGUAAAUACAGAUAUUUUCCAUGAAAUAAAAUCUUGCCUGAACAGGUUCCUGCAUGCCCCCGUUCACUAGAUCCACCACGAGGAAGCUUCGUAUACGUAGGAACGAAUAUAGACAUAGCAUUAGUAAAGAGUCAUCGAGAACAUCGACGAUUUUUCGUUCGUUGUUUCUCGU